AUGACACAUAACGAAGAGAGCGCACGUAAAUAUAUUGAAGACAAUCACCUUAUUCAACUUUCACAAGCAUUAACAACAGCUGUAGCACAUGCAAAACCAGACGAUCCAGUAGAGUUUUUAAUUAAAGUUAUCAAGCAAUUAAAGGAAGCUCGCGAUAAUGGUGGUGAUGUAUUAGUCUGCUUUACAAAUGAUGAUAUUCGUGCUAUGUUUACUAAAUUGGAUCCGUUCAAUAAAGGAAAAGUUACUUUAGAGCAGAUGCAAGGUGCACUUGCAAACUUUGGCACUAGUAGAGAUGUUAUUCCAAAGGUUAUUGGUGAAGAACAAGGACCAUUUGACCUUGAACAAUUCACAAAAAUCAUCAAUGAAGGCGUUAAGCAGACACUGUUCCCAUAA